UGGCUUGCAAGGGGGGGAAUCCGGCGCUCGCUUUGCACCCGUGUAAACGAGGCCGGGGCGGGUCCAAGGCGGGGCCGGGAUCACAUGAGCGGAUGCGGCGAGGAGCGGUAGCUGGGCCUGAGCGAGCCAGGCCGCCCCGCGGACAUGGGGCAGGGGGGGAGCCGGGCUCCUCCGGCCCCGCUGGACCUGAACCGGCUCCCGGACGAGCUGCUGGCGCUGAUCCUGAGCUGGGUCCCGGGCCGCGCCCUGGUGACCCGCUGCCGGCCGGUGUGUCGCCGCUGGCGGGACCUCAUCGACGGGCCCACGGUCUGGCGGCUGCAGGGCGAGAGGCGGCCGGGCUUGGGGGCCACCCUGGCGGCCGCCCGCCUCUGCCCCCCGCCGCGGUGGAGCCGGAUCUGCCUCCUGGAGCCCUUCGGGCGCAACCUGCUCCGGAACCCCUGCGGGCAGGAUCAGUUCUCUCACUGGCAGGUGCAGCAUGGGGGCGAUGGCUGGAAGGUGGAAGACAACCUCUGCCCGGUCAAGGGCGCCCUGGCCCAGACCUGCUUCGUCUCAUCCUUUUACUGGUGCGUCAAAUCGCAGCUCGUAGAUCUUCAAAAGGAGGGGUUGUGGGAAGAACUGCUGGAUACCUACCAACCGGAAAUCUACGUCUCUGAUUGGUGGGGCGCCCGGUAUGACUGUGGCUGUGAAUACUCCAUCUGCGUCAAGCUCCUGGCUGCUAACAGAAGUACUGUAAUCGCUGAAUUCCAGGCUGGUCCCCUUCGCUUACCACGGACGAGUGACUCGCAGUAUCACCAGGUGUCCCACCGGUUCAGGCAGUACGGCCGCGGAGUGCGGUAUGUGCAUUUCCUCCACAAAGGGAAGGACAUUCUUUACUGGGCAGGACACUACGGCACACGGAUCACCAACUCCACAGUCAUGGUGGAGCUCAACCGAGAGCCAGGAGCGGGUCCCCAUGAAUCUCUCACGUGAGCCGGAAUGAUGAUCUCCAUUUGCCUCUGCGAGCUCCUCUCCUGUCCGAGAACAAAUCAGGGGGAUGCGUCUCCUUGAAAUAAUACGCCCCUUUGCCUGAAGAGCUUUUUCAGUCCGUUCUUUCUGGCCAGGCUCAUCCUCCGCAGGACCAAAGAGCACCGUGGCGAAUCUUUAGGUUCCUAGUGCCUGACUUCAGUCAGUGUGAACCUGCCCCUGCACAGCAGAAGCAACAAGUCUUUGGUAAUAAUUGGAGAUAUACCAAUCUCCUAGAACUGGAAGGGACCUCGAAAAGUCAUGGAGUCCAGCCCCCUGCCUCCACUAGCAGGACCAAUUUUUGCCCCAGAUCCCUAAGCAGCCCCUCAAGGACUGAGUUCACAACCCUGGGUUUAGCAGGCCAAUGCUCAAACCACUGAGCUAUCCCUCCCCCUCUUGAAGGGGAAACAAUUAAAGAUGGAAACAAUUGGGCUUGUGCCUCUGUCUGGGGGGCUUUGGGAUUGUGUCAUCAGAGCCAUGUAGGGGUUAAAAAAAUAGUUGUUUGAGGUGGUUUUUUAACCACCAUGAUGAGGAAUUUUCAGAUCGUCUCUGCCACAUUUCCGUUAGGAAGCUGCAGAGAGGUGGGUUGGGAUCUUACUGUGUGUUCUAUGUGUUCAGAUUUUUUUCUGCCAGCUGAUGCCUGUGGUGUUGCCUGUCUGAUGUGUAUCCAAAUUCACAGGCAGGUGAGCAAAAUACCCCUCCCACCUCCCAUGCUACUUAGAUUGCAUGGUUCUUGGGAAGGGGGAUUAGAACCCAGCUCCUGCAAGCUACGGGUAGUGCAGUGCUCACGAGAAUACCAUACAGGGUAGACCCUAGACAAACAUAAACAGCUGCUUGUUGAUUGUCCAGGAAUUUAUGGGAAACAUAAUCUUCAGGUCUGUUCUCACUGCACUCGGAUCCCAGCAAAGCCGGGCGUAGUAGCCACUCAGGCCUUUUGCUGACGUACACCAAGGGUCGGAUUCUGAAGUAACUGACGGGUGUCUAAAUCUGGAAAGACUCCAGUGGAGUGACUCCAGUUUCACACAGGUCUACAUGAGACCAGAAAGGGGGUCUAGCAGUGCUUUGGUGCAGUUCCCUCCCCAUUUUGGGGGGGGCGAGGAGUGGACUUUGCCUUACACCCACUUGUACUAAGGCAUGAUCACGGGGCAUGGGCAGGGGGUUAUAGGUGGGAGUCGGAGAACCCACUCCCAGCAGGGGUUGAUGGGCAAGACCUUUCUAGGGGACUGGGGAGUAAGUUCUGCCACAUGGCCCAGCGACGGCCUUCAGUGCAUCAGCUGGUCCUGUGUGCAGUCAUCAGGAUGGGUCUUAGCCCUACUAGUACAGACAGGCCAGAAUUUCUGCUGAUAUUAACCAUUUCCUGCCAUUGAUGUCUUUGCUCUCUUACACCAGCAGGGGAUAUCGUCCUGUUGACUUGGAGGCGUGAUGCUGGGAGAUCUGGUGCUCUGUUACCUCUCUCAAAAAAAAAAACAAACCCAAAUUCUGCCCCCAUUGAAGUCUGAGGCUCUGAUUCUCCUACUGCUCAAAGGGUUGAGUGAAGAAAGAGGCCUUCUGACUCCAAUGGACUUAGGCCUGAUUUACACCGGAGAGAACGAGAAUGGAACUAAGGUAGCUAUUCAGUCCUAGCACUGAGCAACCUCCCAGCCCAUUCCCUCGGUGCGCAGAGAGCUGGGAUGGAUGGUGGCCCUUUGGGCCAGGCUGUUAUCAUUUAAAAUGAUCCCAUGGGCCUGGGCUGAAAUCCCCGGUAGGUUAGUUACUGAGAGAGCUAACGGGUUUCCUGUUGGCCUGAAUUGUUUUUAUUAAUAAAAGGGCAUGGAAGGUUUGAGCUGAUCCCUCACCGGAAAAGAGGGGCCAGUGAAUGUAUUAGCUGGUCAGUUUCACAGGGCUCUGUCCCCAAAUGGAGUCGCUGAAGAUGAUACCACCAGCUGUGCGGCUUGUUACUGAAGAUUAAAGUGCUUUUCUGAA